CGGGCGCCUGGGCCCUGGGUUGAGGAACGACCGGAACGGGGCAAGAGAGGCAGGUUUUGGUGUUGCCCGGGAGCCGCCGGCGACCGACUUCCGUUUCCGGUUACUGCGGCACGCGGAUCUGGGGCUGCAGCCCGGCGGAAAGAUGCGGCCUUUGACUGAAGAGGAGACGCGGGUCAUGUUUGAGAAGAUGGCCAAAUACAUCGGGGAGAACCUGCAGCUGCUCGUCGACCGGCCCGACGGCACCUACUGCUUCAGGCUGCACAACGACCGCGUGUACUACGUGAGUGAAAAGAUCCUGAAACUGGCCGCCAACAUCUCCGGGGACAAGCUGGUGUCGCUGGGGACCUGUUUCGGGAAGUUCACCAAGACCCACAAGUUCCGGUUGCACAUCACGGCGCUGGACUACCUGGCGCCCUACGCCAAGUACAAAGUGUGGAUAAAGCCCGGCGCCGAGCAGUCCUUCCUGUAUGGGAACCACGUUUUGAAGUCUGGUCUAGGGCGAAUCACUGAGAACACUGCUCAGUACCAGGGAGUGGUGGUCUACUCCAUGGCCGACAUCCCUUUGGGUUUUGGGGUGGCAGCAAAGUCUACACAAGACUGCAGGAAAGUAGACCCCAUGGCCAUUGUGGUAUUUCAUCAAGCAGACGUUGGGGAGUAUGUGCGGCAUGAAGAAACGCUGACUUAAAAAGCCUUCGCCAGGACAGCCGGCCCUGAGAAGGGUCUAGUUUUGUUCCUUUGUGUGUGGUCUUUGUGUGAAGCACCGUGACCUGGUCAGGGACUUCUAUGUGUAAUACGGCAUCGCUGACAAAUGCAAGCUGGAUUCUUAAUGUACACAGUGGCUCAGAAACGAGGUUUCAGAUCUUUGUAUUUGUGACUCGGUAGAGUACCCCAUUACAGAUUUGAAUUGGAGGGCUUCUUGUGAGUUACAGGUUCCACAUUGUUGGAACUGAGGACAAGAAUAGCUUGUUACUGUUAUCUGUGAUAACACUUUGUUUUCUAAACUCUGGCUUUUCUAUGUUAUUUAUUAAAAUCAAGAAAGAUAUUGCCAUAUCAGAGUAGUAGGCCUCAAAUGGAAUUUGACUAAGAUAAUAAGAGCAGUUUAUUUAGCUAUUUUUCUAUACAGUAAGUGCUACGUGGUAUAAAACAAAAACUUGGAUUCAAACUAGUUCUGCCACCUACCAGCUAGAUGGCUUUGGGAGAGUCCUUCAGCUUUAACAUGCUUCAUUUUCUUCUGUUUAAAAAAGAAAAACUGAAACAGUUUUAACCAUCUGCUUAAGAAUCAUUUCAAAGUUAGAAAUCAAUUUUUCUUACAAACCUCUUUGCCUACUUGGCUGGCCUGGCCUGGACUGGACCAAAAGCACUGGAGGCUCUGAAAUAAUAAUUCAGCUUCUUCACCUUUCACAUGUUUCUUAAAAUUAUUUUGUGAAAAUAUAUUUUAAAAAUCGGUAACACUGGGGCCAGCGCUGUGGUAUAGCAGGUAAAGCCAUGGCCUGCAGUGCCAGCAUCCUAUAUGGGCACCAGUUCCAGUCAGCUGCUCCACUUCCGAUCCAGCUCUCCGCUGUGUCUGGGAAAGCAGAGGAGGAUGGCCCACGUCCUUGGCCCCUGCACCCGCGUGGGAGACCGAGAAGCUCCAAGCUCCUGGCUUUGGAUCAGCGCAGCUCUGGCCGUUGCGGCCAUUUGGGGAGUGAACCAGCAAGUGAAGACUCUCUCUGUCUCUAUAACUCUGCCUUUCAAAUGAAUAAAUAAAUUUUUAAAAAAACAAUAGUUCUAAAAAAAAAAGGACAAUAACGUUUCACAGGUUUUUAAGAUGUGUGUUGUAAACAGUUUUUAAAUGAAUAUACUCAUUUUUAAUUCCAAAGAAGAUACCUCUAAAAAUAAAACAGUUUUGACCACA